ACCACUUUCUCGGUGCUACCAAUUGUACGAGUUGGACUGCAUAAUACGGACAUCAUGAAAAAGAACUGUGGCGAAUCGUGUGAUGAAGCAUCCGCCUCAAGUCUUCAAGGAAGUUUUAUUCUUAUUUAAUUUUUUCUUCUUCUUCUUUGCAAAAGCAUGGUCUUCCUGCUCAUCCAGCCUUGCUAGCAUUCAUUGUCUUUUGCUUUUCACGGCAACAUUGCAGAGCUCCGCAAUCUACUCACAGAGAAUGCCAUGGCAAUUCCAACUCCACCACAAAAACCAGUUGGGCAGUGCUAAUGAACAUAAAACAGCAUAAACUUCCAAACUCUGCAAAAUAUAGAAACCUGAAUCCCUUUGGCUGGCAGGUAAAUCCGUCGUGGCACACUUUUGCGCUACUGCAGGGGAAGCGGGAGUCGGCAACGAGAUGGAGUGAUACAGGCACACCACAUUGGACGGGUAUCUUACAUAGUACUAUGUAAUCGACGCCGUGGAGCCCAGUCAGUGUUUCCGCAGUGGGUCAGUCGAUAGGCUACGUGAUAGCUACCCGACAGACAAGGUGUAUUACCUAGGAAGGAGAAGUCUUACAAAUGGAGCAACAUAGAACACAUUCAAACGCAGCCACUUGAUCUCUGCACCAUCAAUUUAUCAAGAAG